AUGACACUCAUAUGUAAAACAUAUGUGAUUAUGUUCACGUGUUUUUUAGUGAAAUAUAGCGUCCAGACUUUUGGAUUUGCACAGUAUUACAUAAGUAGCAGUGUUCCGAAUGAACUAAUUACCCUGGUUCCUAAUAAUUACGAGAAGUAUUGUUUAUCUACGGAUUAUAAAUGGAAGCCAUGCCCGAAAUACAGUACAUCCAGUAACGACAACACUCCAAUAGAAUUAUAUAGUGAUGAGAUUCCGCUGCCAAUACUCAAUUAUCGUAAAGGCACUGAACUGAUAUCUUCCAGGAACAAAGAAAAUGAGUUAAGUUCAAGUUUCAGUCGGCUAGGAACUGACCCAAAGGAAGACCUAAUAAAUGAAUUUAUAGAUUCAUUGGAUCAACUUGAAAAGAAAUUCUACGCCACAACUUACGCAACUUUGCAAGCAAUAAGCCCUUCCGAGUAUGUAAACGGGAUCAGUUUUACACUUUCUGGAUUAUUUUUACAAAUGGCACUAGUUGCUCUUUCGACAGAAGUGGAUCAUGAAACUAGAAGAGAAUUAGAUGAGUGCACUGGCUUUUAUGUACCAGAACAGGCUAAAAUAGAAGUACUGAAAAAUAUAAUAUCAUGGCUACCUACAUCAAGUGAUCGUCUUAAAUUUCGUUACAAAACAAGAUUAGUAGUCAAACAAGGUAUUUAUGUAAGUGAAAAAUUCCUCCGAGGUGCUGCAGCAGCAGGGCGUAUCAAAGUAGAACAUUUAAAUGAUACACAAACUCCUGAAAAACUAACAGCCACUCUUAAUCACAUGGUUGAAAUUGAUUCAGGUGGGGCUUUGCGUAAUACAUUUGAGGAAGACGAAUUGUCUAAAGGCGUUUGUGCUGUUUUGAUGUCAACGGUUUACUUGCGAGCUCGGUGGAGAUCACCGCCCACUCUUUUAAAUGGAACGUUUCCAUUUUACGAAGACGAAAGAGCCCCCGAAAGAAACGCUCGGAUGAUUCGCAUCAAUGAUAUCAUGGGAUAUGCUGAUCUUCCAGAAUGGGAUGCUGAAGUGAGUUUAGUUAAACACACUGUUAAUAGUAAUUUGAUUUAUAUGUUCUGCGAGAUGUGCAUUUUAUUAAGCAACAAAUGUUAA